AUGAACAAUCAAUAUAUCCGUCGGGAAGUCUUCUGCUGUGAAACUUGUCACGAACUCAAAAGCUUCUGGGAAAAAGAAAUUAGCAAACAGACUUGUUACAGGGAACUGGAGGAAGACCGUCAGGGAAGGAGCGCCCUGAGAAAGCUCAGAGAAGAAUGGAAGCAGAGACUGGAGAAAAGGCUACAGAUGCUGGACAAUCCUGAUGAGAAGAAAAAGCAGACAAAUACGGUGGGCUGAGAGCCUCCUGCUUCAUCCACUUCAAAGAUAACAAGCCACCAAGGGCACUCUUCUAGGAGAAAAAUCUAACACCCAAGUUAUGUUGAUUUACUAAGCAGGACACUCUCUAUUUGCUUUCCCAUUUGUAAGGGAUUUACAUGUGAAAACUCCCCCCAGUGCUAAUGGGAGUCAU